AUGCGCGAAAACAACGGGAACACACUCCCUGUGCUGUCCAGGAAGGAUGUGGAGACGCUGAUUGCCCAGCGCCGCAAGCUUUUCAUCCCCGACGACUUCGUCAUUAAGGCAGACGCGUGGAUUCCCUACCACCCAGGCGGUGACAAGUCGAUCCUUCACAUGGUCGGACGAGAUGCCACAGAUGAGGCCACGGCGUUGGUUCUCCCACGAGUUCACUCUCGCGUGCCGAGUUCGUGCCCGGAUGCCACCGAGCACGCACUUGUUGAUCUUCACUCGAUCGAGGCAAAACAACGUAUGAGCCGCUACCGCAUCGGGACUAUUCAUGGCAGAUGGGAGAAAUUCGUCCCGCCUAUCCAGGGUGGCAAGUUCCGCGGCCAUUCUGACAGUGGCUGA